CCAGGAAAUCAAUCGCUGGUAAAAAAAUGCUUGCCAAAAAAACACCAGAUCCACAAAAACCGUCACCGAAAGGAUCCUCGCCUGGCAUUGCGAAGAACCAAAUCCGUCCAUUCCCUUCGAACGAGGGGCUGGAACAAAUGAUGGGCUUCGACAUGGACGACCAGAGUGAAAUGUCCGGCGAAAAUACCCUGCAAUCGCAACCCAACUUUUCGUACCUGCCGUCCCACAAACAUUCAAGUCCGCAAAAGGUGAAACAAGUUUACAUUCCAACGGUGCACCGGCUGGGUAGCAUGUCAACGGUACCAAACUCGGACUUGGUCCAACCGGACACUUCAAACGAACUAUCAGCAAGUGAUGGCAUCGAAAUGACGCCUAAAUCCGCAAAUUCAGCGCCAGAUAAAACAUUGGCCAAGGAAAAGGAAAACCAAAGGAGGCAUAGUCGAAAGCAAAAGACACCGACAGAGAUAAAAAUAUUGAGAGAGGUGGUUAGACUCCAGGACACGGGAGACACACUUAUUCCAAAACUGUCUUUCGGACGUGUGAUUCGCGAAAUACUAGCGGAUUAUUCAGAUUCUGGGCUGAGAGUUACGCUAGAAAUGCUAGAAUGUUUGCAGGAAGCUGCAGAAAUCUACAUCGUGCAAUUGUUUGAGGACGCCUACCGGUGUACCGUACAUCGCGGUCGGGUUACCUUAAUCCCUAAAGAUAUACAAUUAGCUUUAAUGAUCCGACGCGAAUCGUAAAGCAAAAGAGAGGGUUGACCCUUCGCUACUCUUCAUUUUAAUUUGUAUUUUGUAUUUUCCAAACGAACAAUGUAACGACGUUUUAAACGAUAUCAAUAAAUUUGUACUCAUUUUUGUU